AUGGCAGCUCUCACUCCCACAGCUCCAGAGGCUCAGGAGAGGCCCAGCCCCGCCGCCUGGACGUCCCCCCAGACGAGGACUGGCGCCGUCACGAACGACCAGGCCCCUCUCCACGUCUGCCUCAUCCUCAACAUCAGCCACUUCAUCAUCCUCCGCCUCUUCAUCAUCCUCAUCAUCAGCCUCUUCAUCAGCAUCGUCCUCAGCACCAGCCUCAGCCUCUUCAUCAUCUUCUCCCUCUUCAUCAUCCUCAGCCUCAGCGUAGGAGCUCUCUGUGCUCUCUGUGUCGACACCUGCCCUCAGAGCCGAGGAGCUGCUUCUGCUCCUCCUGUGAGCGUCAGCAACAUCCAGGAACUACCUUUGUAUCAGAGAAUCAGAGAGAAGACGCUACACACCAGAGAAGACGCUACACACCAGAGAAGACGCUACACACCAGAGAAGACGCUACACACCAGAGAAGACGCUACACACCAGAGAAGACACUACACACCAGAGAAGACGCUACACACCAGAGAAGACACUACACACCAGAGAAGACGCUACACACCAGAGAAGACGCUACACACCAGAGAAGACACUACACACCAGAGAAGACGCUACACACCAGAGAAGACACUACACACCAGAGAAGACGCUACACACCAGAGAAGACACUACACACCAGAGAAGACACUACACACCAGAGAAGACACUACACACCAGAGAAGACGCUACACACCAGAGAAGACACGAGAGAAAGUCCCAGAGAAAGUUCCAGAGAAAGUCCCAGAGAAAGUUCCAGAGAAAGUUCCAGAGAAAGUUCCAGAGAAAGUUCCAGAGAAAGUUCCAGAGAAAGUUCCAGAGAAAGUUCCAGAGAAAGUUCUAGAGAAAGUUCCAGAGAAAGUUCCUGAGAAAGUUCCUGAGAAAGUUCCAGAGAAAGUUCCAGAGAAAGUUCCUGAGAAAGUUCUAGAGAAAGUUCCAGAGAAAGUUCCAGAGAAAGUUCCAGAGAAAGUUCCAGAGAAAGUUCUAGAGAAAGUUCCAGAGAAAGUUCCUGAGAAAGUUCCUGAGAAAGUUCCUGAGAAAGUUCCUGAGAAAGUUCUAGAGAAAGUUCCUGAGAAAGUUCCAGAGAAAGUUCUAGAGAAAGUUCCAGAGAAAGUUCCAGAGAAAGUUCCAGCGAAAGUUCCAGAGAAAGUUCCAGAGAAAGUUCCAGAGAAAGUUCCAGAGAAAGUUCCAGAGAAAGUUCCAGAGAAAGUUCCAGAGAAAGUUCCAGAGAAAGUUCCAGAGAAAGUUCCAGAGAAAGUUCCAGAGAAAGUUCUAGAGAAAGUUCCAGAGAAAGUUCCUGAGAAAGUUCCUGAGAAAGUUCCUGAGAAAGUUCCUGAGAAAGUUCUAGAGAAAGUUCCUGAGAAAGUUCCAGAGAAAGUUCUAGAGAAAGUUCCAGAGAAAGUUCCAGAGAAAGUUCCAGCGAAAGUUCCAGAGAAAGUUCUAGAGAAAGUUCCAGAGAAAGUUCCAGAGAAAGUUCCAGAGAAAGUUCCAGAGAAAGUUCCAGAGAAAGUUCCAGAGAAAGUUCCAGAGAAAGUUCCAGAGAAAGUUCCAGAGAAAGUUCCAGAGAAAGUUCCAGAGAAAGUUCCAGAGAAAGUUCCAGCGAAAGUUCCAGAGAAAGUUCCAGAGAAAGUUCCAGAGAAAGUUCCAGAGAAAGUUCCAGCGAAAGUUCCAGAGAAAGUUCUAGAGAAAGUUCCAGAGAAAGUUCCUGAGAAAGUUCCUGAGAAAGUUCCAGAGAAAGUUCCAGAGAAAGUUCCAGCGAAAGUUCCAGAGAAAGUUCUAGAGAAAGUUCCAGAGAAAGUUCCAGAGAAAGUUCCAGAGAAAGUUCCAGAGAAAGUUCCAGAGAAAGUUCCAGAGAAAGUUCUAGAGAAAGUUCCAGAGAAAGUUCCUGAGAAAGUUCCUGAGAAAGUUCCAGAGAAAGUUCCAGAGAAAGUUCCUGAGAAAGUUCUAGAGAAAGUUCCAGAGAAAGUUCCAGAGAAAGUUCCAGAGAAAGUUCCAGAGAAAGUUCUAGAGAAAGUUCCAGAGAAAGUUCCUGAGAAAGUUCCUGAGAAAGUUCCUGAGAAAGUUCCUGAGAAAGUUCUAGAGAAAGUUCCUGAGAAAGUUCCAGAGAAAGUUCUAGAGAAAGUUCCAGAGAAAGUUCCAGAGAAAGUUCCAGCGAAAGUUCCAGAGAAAGUUCCAGAGAAAGUUCCAGAGAAAGUUCCAGAGAAAGUUCCAGAGAAAGUUCCAGAGAAAGUUCCAGAGAAAGUUCCAGAGAAAGUUCCAGAGAAAGUUCCAGAGAAAGUUCCAGAGAAAGUUCUAGAGAAAGUUCCAGAGAAAGUUCCUGAGAAAGUUCCUGAGAAAGUUCCUGAGAAAGUUCCUGAGAAAGUUCUAGAGAAAGUUCCUGAGAAAGUUCCAGAGAAAGUUCUAGAGAAAGUUCCAGAGAAAGUUCCAGAGAAAGUUCCAGCGAAAGUUCCAGAGAAAGUUCUAGAGAAAGUUCCAGAGAAAGUUCCAGAGAAAGUUCCAGAGAAAGUUCCAGAGAAAGUUCCAGAGAAAGUUCCAGAGAAAGUUCCAGAGAAAGUUCCAGAGAAAGUUCCAGAGAAAGUUCCAGAGAAAGUUCCAGAGAAAGUUCCAGAGAAAGUUCCAGCGAAAGUUCCAGAGAAAGUUCCAGAGAAAGUUCCAGAGAAAGUUCCAGAGAAAGUUCCAGCGAAAGUUCCAGAGAAAGUUCUAGAGAAAGUUCCAGAGAAAGUUCCAGAGAAAGUUCCAGAGAAAGUUCCAGAGAAAGUUCCAGAGAAAGAGUCCUGUCGCUCAAACCUCUGA